AUGAUUCUUUCCAGAAAAGCAGCAUUCAAGUUUACUGAAUUUGGAGUCCAAUGGAUAAUUGAAAAGGUCAUUUGGGCAGAUGACGUAGAAUUUAAUGAGUUUAUUUGGCAUAUAGGAGAAACUCCUGGGUCUUGCAACAUUCCUCAUAUGGUUGGACAUACAUUAGAUGUUCAAGUACCUAUAAAAAUGAAUUCAAUACCAGAGUGCAACAAUAUAGAAAACUAUUCACCUUCAUGCUUCAGAAAACCCCAAUCUGCAGAUGAUAUUGUUGCUAUUCAUCUAAAUACCUUCCCACAUGGCUGGGAUCAGAUUCAAGAACUUGAGAAACAUACCGGUGAAGGUUUAAUGUGGUAUAAUGUAAGAUUAAGAUCUAAGUUAUGUAAAGUUACAAACAAAACAAAAUAA